GAUCACACAUCCAAUAUUCCUUAGCAUGGCGGUCUCCAAUUUUCAGAUAGUUUGUGCCGUAGCUGCGGUUGCAAUCGCUUCCUUUAUUAAUUUACCUGCUCCAAAUUUCUCUCAGAGGCUAGAGGAAUGGCGAAAAAUGGGGCAAUAUUUUAAUUAUGAGGGGAACGCGAUAUUCUAUCAAGAUUUUAGAGGCUAUAAGAAGGAUGAAGAUAUUGUGGUUCUCUGUAUUCAUGGAUUUCCUACCAGUAAUUAUGACUGGUCAAAGGUUUGGGAAAAACUCAAAAGAAAUUUUGGAAGAGUUAUUGCAGCAGAUAUGCUUGGUUUAGGAUUCAGCGAUAAGCCUCGUGGAAGAGAAUACACAGUAAUGGAGCAAGCCACAUUACAAGAGGCAUUUCUAGAUUACCUUGGAAUUACCAAAGUUCACAUUUUGGCCCAUGACUUGGGUGAUACAGUGGCUCUAGAGAUGCUUGCAAGAUAUGAAGAAAGGAAAAAGAAAGAGCUGGAUCCAGCAGAGUUUGUCAAAAUAGAGUCCCUUUGUUUAACUAAUGGAGGUAUAUUUCCAGACACAAACUUCCCUAAAGUAAUUCAGAAGUUAGUGUCAAAUCCAUGGUUUGGACCUCUUUUUACAAGACUAUUGAGCUAUCCAAUCUUUGCAAGAAGUCUUGCCUCAGUGUUUGGCCCUGGCACACGGCCUCCUAGAGAAGAGUUACAAGAUUUCUGGACCAUUAUGAGGCAUAAGGAUGGUUACCUUGUGGUACCCAGCAUUCUACAAUACAUAAAUGAGAGGAAAAAGAACAAAGCAAGAUGGACUGGUAUCAUGCAAACCACAACAGUGCCAGUGCACUUUAUCUAUGGACCUGCAGAUCCAAUCAAUCCUCCACAAACACUUGUCAAAUACAGGGAACUCGUUUUUAAAGGGACAUUUUCAACAAUGUCAGAGAAUAUUGGACAUUACCCACACUGGGAAGAUCCAGAUGGAUUUAUGGCAGCAUAUGAACACUUUCUGGUUAAGUUUAUUCCAGAAAAGUAAUCUUGAAUAUUUGAGAAUUUUAUCUAAAUUUUUUGAAAAAUAUCUUUUUACAAGCUUCCACAUGUUAUGAUUUAGUUAAAGAAACAAUCUUGAAUUUAAUGAAACUAUUAUAUAUUUUUACCUGAAACAAAAUACAUAAAAAUUCUUGUUCUGGAAAAAUCCCCUAACAUUCUUAUUGAUCAACUCCCAAAUUCCGCUAAACAAAACAGCACUGCUCGUGUCAACAUGCCACACAUCAUGUCAAGCAAUGAAAGAAUCAAUUGUUAAUUUUUAAUAGUAAUUUUAACAUAUCAACAGUGGUUUUUUUAGUCGUCUGUAAGGUUGUGCCUUGUAAGUCUACAACAUUUUAACCACUGAGUUGAUUAAUAUUGAUGUUGAUAAGAGUACAGACUGUGCUAAGCCACUGUCAAUUUGUUAAAAUUACUAUUAAUAAUAAUUAAAUUUCUUUUAAUUGAAUAAUGACACGUGACAAGGGUUUAUGAAUGGAGUUUAUUUCCUGAAUAACCUUCAGUUUGAAUAGUAACAAGAUUGGAAAGAGUAGAAUUCUUGACAAUGUUUGCAUGGUCAAUCUUUAACUACAAAUUCCUAAAUUAUAUUUUAUUCGCAACUCUAACCUAUGGAGCACUAAUAUCAGCUUAAAUUUUUGAGCAAGCUAAGUUACUGCAUAAUUUGUAAAUCACUGUGACUAGUGAACUUUUAGAAACUACAAUUAUUCAACUUUGUCCUAAUUUUCCUGUUGACAAAACUAUUGUCUAACAGGGUUUACACUACCUCUUUAUGUACGUUUAUCGAUUUUGAUGCAUCAACUCCUUGUACAGCAUUUGGUAUAAAAAAGUUGUUGUAGUACAAAAAUUUCUGGUAAGAGUUUCUCUAUACAGUUAUGAAAAAGCAAGGCCUUGUAGCAUUGGAUUUGAGUAAAAACAUGUUUUCACAGCAAAGAGAGAGAGACAAUGUUUAUUAAAUAAUCACCUGCAACUGUUCAAGAAACAGUGGGGUGCAAAAAGCAUAUAUACCAUAGAAAUGAAUAAAGAGGGUAAGUUUCUAAAGAAA